UGUCCUUUGAACUGUUUGAACUAGGCUCAAAACGACCUGUGGUCCACUGUACUUUUAGUUGUAAAAGUUACGUUUCUUCUUCCAUUGUCACUUCGGUCUUCAACAAGAUGAAAAAGGUAGUUUUGGUGACAGGAGCAAAUAGUGGCAUAGGCCUGGCACUGUGCGAGCGUCUCCUUUCCCAGGACUCGGAGGGUCUUCAGCUGUGUCUGGCCUGCAGGAACAUGCAGCGGGCUCAGGCUGCCCGCUCUGCGCUCCUCGCCUCUCAUCCUGCAGCUCAUGUACAUCUGCUGCAACUGGACACCAGCAGCGUCUCCUCCGUCAUCAUUGCUGCACAGGAAAUCAAGCUCAGGUAUGAUAAACUGGACUACCUCUAUCUGAAUGCAGGCAUCAUGCCAAACCCACAGUUUGAUGUAAAAGCCUUUUUCAGAGGCCUUGUUUCCAGCAAAAUCAUCACUAUGUUUGCCACCGGUGAGGGGAUUCUGACCCAGAAAGAUGGUGUGACACCUGAUGGCCUGCAGGAUGUUUUUGCAACAAAUGUCUUUGGUCACUUUCUUCUAAUCAGGGAGCUGGAGCCGGUCCUCUGCCAUGCAGACCGGACCUCCCAGCUGGUUUGGACUUCCUCGAGUAACGCCCAUCGCUCGGCUUUUAACCUUGAAGACAUACAACACCAGAGAGGCAAUCAGCCCUACAGCUCUUCCAAAUAUGCCUCAGACCUGCUCAGCCUGGCUCUAAACACACAAUACAAUAAGCAGGGUUUGUACUCAUCUGUCAUUUGUCCUGGUUUCGUGAUGACAAAUCUUACCUAUGGCAUCCUGCCCGCCUUUCCAGCCUUCCUCUGGACGCUGCUUAUGCCCAUCUUUUGGCUUAUAAGAAUGUUCACCAACACUUUCACACUGACACCUUCUAAUGGAGCUGAAGCCCUGGUGUGGCUAUUUGGGCAAAAGCCGGAAUCAUUGGAUCCAUUUGCUAAGUAUCACAGUUUAACAUCGGGGCUUGGAAACAACUACGCGCAACCACGCAAGAUGGAUAUUGAUCUGAAGACAUCAGACUUGUUAUUUGAGAAAUUAUUGCAACUAGAAAGUGAGAUGAGGAGCCAGCUGAAAGAGAAACAAAAGGAAGUCCACCAUCCCAUCUGAGAACCCACCGGGUGUGAACAGUCUUGAUCCGGAUCACACAGUACAACAUGGAGAGUAUUGUAAUCCUGUCUCAUGUUCCAUGGUGACAUGUUGAACAGGGCCUACCUGUCAGACCAUUAAAAAAAAAAAAAAAGUCA